AUGGCUGCUUCGGAUCGAAGUGAGGAGAUAAGUAGCAAUGUAGAAAAUGGAAGUUGCAAUUCCAAUGAAGGAACAAAUCCAGAAACCAGUAGUAAUUGGAUUGAAAACGUUGUGAAGGUUAGGAAACCUUACAGAGUAACUAAGCAGAGAGAAAAGUGGAGUGAGGAAGAGCAUGAGAGGUUCCUUGAAGCUAUAAAGCUUUAUGGUCGUGGUUGGCGUCAAAUUGAAGAACACGUAGGUACGAAAACCGCUGUUCAGAUUCGGAGCCAUGCUCAAAAGUUCUUCUCGAAGAUGGCUCGGGAAGUUGACUAUAGUAACGAUGGCUCCUCGAUCAAAGCGAUUGUGAUCCCGCCUCCUCGUCCAAAGAGAAAACCGGCACAUCCUUAUCCGCGGAAAUCGCCUGUUCCAUAUCCUCAGUCUCCUUCCCCAAAUUUGUCAGCCAUGGAGAAAGGAACAAAUUCUCCGACCUCGGUCUUAUCAGCAUUUGCUUCAGAGGAUCAAAUCAAUCGAUACUCCUCGCCUAACUCGUGUACCAGUGACAUCCAAUCCAUUGGUGGAAAGAAGGACUACCCAACAUCCAAGCAAUCCCUCAAAGAGGAUGCUGCCUUUGGUUCAACACCUGUGUCAAGCAUUACGCUUUUCGGGAAGAUUGUCCUUGUUGUGGAAUCUCACAAACCAUCAUCUUGCAGAGAUGACGAUGAUCUUAAAUCAAUAGAUCAAGAGAAUCAGUACUCAGGGAUCAAGAAAUGUACCUUGCAAAUUGAUUCUAGGCAUGUCGACACUGAUUUUUCUCUUGGGGGUUGGGAAUCAUCUUGUUCCGGUUCAAAUGCGUUUGGCUCGGUCACAGAAGUAUCAGAGAACUUGGAGAAGAAUGAAGAGCCGUGGAAACGGUUAAGCUCAUUAGAAAAACAAGAAUCCUGUUAUCCUGCAAAUGGGUUUAGGCCAUAUAAGAGAUGCUUAUCAGAAAGAGAAGUAACAUCAUCAUUAUCCUUGGUAGCUUCAGAAGAACAGAGCAACCAAAGAAGAGCACGUGUAUGCUCGUAG